AUGGCGGUAUACGACGGGCAGUAUCCGGAGCUGUUGGUGGACAUCAAGGCGCCUGCAGCUGUAGGCACGGCUGAAAUACCAAGCACAAGUAUAAUCCCGAGUGGCCUUGCCAAUGCCACACAGACGGUAUCGGGCGACAGCACGAAUACCAAUGCGACGCAGGCUGCACAACCAAGGAGUACUAUCGCGACGUCAAAGUCCGCGAAUCCGACCACGACAGUGGCGGCUCGCCCAAAUAAAGCCGACACCAGAAUCAUAGCGCUGAGCAGCGCUAUCGGCAGCCUCACCCUCCUCGUCGUCCUGGCGCUUGCACUAUUCUUUUUCCGGCGUAGAAGCCGAGCUCGCCGCGGGAAGAAAGCGAGUGGGAACUAUUGGGCAAAGGCGGAGCUUGAUGACACGCAGAGGAGGAAGUCGAGGGAGACUAUUAAGGAGAUGGAUGCAAACGCAGAGAUUGCCGAAUUAGACGGAAGGGAGAGGAUAGGCGAGUUGGCUGUGGAUUUGUCUGACGUGCAACGAGAGGGCUUGUAA